CCCUACCAUGGCCAGUCUGCCUGGGGGCUGAGGCUGCUCUUCUUUUCCAGGAGUGCUCGCCCUACGCAGCCCACCUCUAUGAUGCUGAGAACCCACGCACGCCCCUCCGGAACCUUCCUGGCCUCUGCUCUGACUACUGUUCUGCAUUCCACUCGAACUGCCACUCCGCCAUCGCCCUGCUGACCAACGACCGCCGCCUCCAGGAAUCCCCCGGAAAGGAUGGCACACGCUUCUGCCACCUCCUCAACCUUCCCGACAAGGACUACUGCUUCCCCAACAUCCUGAGGAGAGACCAUCUCAACCGCAACCUGGGGGUGGUGGCCGAGGACCCUCGGGCUACCUGUUUUGUGGUCCUUGGCUGGCUUGGACCAGUCAAUUUCUGGAUUUCUCAAGAGGAUGCUGUAUCAGCUUUCAUCAAAGCAUGGUUUCUUUUUCCUUUCAGGGUCAUUUUGGAGAUAGAAGAACCAGCCUCAAAUCAUAAUGGUGGACAACUUCUUUUUGGCCUAGAUGGCUAUAUGUACAUAUUCACUGGGGAUGGAGGACAGGCUGGGGAUCCCUUCGGCAAAUUUGGAAAUGCUCAGAACAAAAGUUCCCUGCUGGGGAAAGUGUUAAGGAUUGAUGUGAAUGGGGCCGGCUCAGGUGGCAAGCGGUACCGAGUGCCCGUGGACAAUCCAUUUGUUUCUGAGCCAGGGGCCCAUCCCGCCAUCUACGCCUACGGGGUCAGAAACAUGUGGCGCUGUGCCGUGGACCGAGGGGACCCCGUCACGCGCCAGGGCCGAGGUCGGAUAUUCUGUGGGGACGUGGGACAGAACCGGUUUGAAGAAGUUGACAUCAUUGUUAAAGGUGGAAACUAUGGCUGGAGGGCAAAGGAGGGGUUUGAAUGUUACGACAAAAAGCUCUGUCAAAAUGCCUCUUUGGACGAUAUUCUGCCAAUCUAUGCUUAUGGCCAUGCAGUGGGCAAGUCGGUCACUGGAGGCUACGUCUACCGUGGAUGUGAAUCACCAAAUCUCAAUGGUCUCUACAUCUUUGGGGACUUCAUGAGUGGUCGACUUAUGGCUUUGCAGGAAGAUAGAAAAACCAAGAAAUGGAAGAAACAGGACAUUUGCCUGGGCAGCACUGAGUCCUGUGCCUUCCCGGGGCUGAUCAGUGCACAUAGCAAGUUUAUCAUCUCCUUUGCUGAAGAUGAAGCAGGGGAGCUCUACUUCUUGGCCACCUCUUACCCCAGUGCCUAUGCACCGCACGGAUCCAUUUACAAAUUUGUUGACCCAUCAAGGAGAGCACCUCCAGGCAAAUGCAAGUACAAACCAGUGCCGGUGAAAACCAAGAGCAAGCGGGUCCAGUUCAGGCCACUCGCCAAGAUGGUCUUGGACUUGCUAAAGGAGCAGUCUGAGAAAGCCGCUAGAAAACUGUCCAGUGCGACUUUAGCUUCCAGUCCAAACCGGGCCUCAUCUCAGAAAGCCUCCUUCAGGAAGCCAGCUUCUCCCACAAGCAGCCGGAAGACAUCUCCAAGGCCUGGUGCAAAGAAGAGAGCCAGGGUGUGGUCCCCAGGCUCCCAGGGGAAGAGGAAAGGGAUCCCCAAACGCCCUGGUGGCAGAACCGGGCAGGCCGCAGGGCAGAGACGAGCUGGCAGAAGUCUCCCUCCGCCUCUUGGGUCGAGUUGGCCGCUUAGCGGACCAGAAGCGCCUCACCGCGUGGAAGCUGCUGCUGCCGCUGAACGUGACCUCAGACGUGCGGGAAGCCAGGGGUGGAGCGGGGGCCGGCAGAGAGCGCCCGAGUCGGGGGGCCGGGUUGUCCUCUCCCCGAGUCUUGCCAGCUGAACGGAGGCUCCUCAUCUGCUUCUGCGGGGAGACCAAUCCCCACCUAGCUGGGGCACCUCGAUAAUCACGUGCACUAAUCUGUAAGCCUGCUUCAAAUCCCGCUGCGUGUUUCCGUCUUGCUUUGUAAGUGUCUGUGGGCAGCAGUGAUAACAUCAACACGGGCUCAAAUGGACAUAUAUCCUUUGAGCUCCUUGACGUUUGUCUGGCGUUAAGGAAUCUGACGUGCCUCACCAAUUUGCCUUGAGAACCAUGUCUUUCCCAGCUCUAAGAGGAGGCCUGUAGUGGCAAGUUUCCAAGGAGAACCUCUUCUAAAGUGGUCAUCUUCUUUGCCCUCAUUGAAGCUCAGGGUCUGAAUAAGGGCAGGUCCUAUUCUGUACCUCUGGCAACUACUGUUUUGCUCUGGCAAGUAGCAUAAUAAAGGUGAUUCCAUUGUGCCUA